AUGGAUGAAAAAGAUAGACCAAAGAACUUGAGGGAAGAAGAAGAAAAACCGAGUGAAGAAACCAAAAUUCUGAUAUCUUCACUUCCUUGGGAGAUAGAUUACCUUGGGAACAAGCUGUUCAACUACGAAGGAUAUUGGUACAGCGAAGACAUUCUCCAAUCAAUCCCCAAUAUACACACUGGUUUUCAGCCACAAGAAACUGAUAUAAUUCUUGCUUCUUUCUACAAAUCGGGCACGACUUGGCUCAAGGCACUCACAUUUGCACUCGUUCAACGAUCUAAACACUCUUUGGAAGAUCAUCAACAUCCUUUGCUACAUCAUAAUCCUCAUGAGAUAGUGCCCAAUCUUGAGCUAGAUCUGUAUCUUAAAAGCUCAAAACCGGACUUGACCAAGUUCUUAUCAUCAUCAUCAUCAUCUCCAAGAUUGUUCUCAACUCACAUGUCGCUGGACCCGCUUCAAGUACCCUUGAAGGAGAACCUUUGCAAGAUCGUGUACGUUUGCAGGAACGUGAAAGACGUGAUGGUGUCAGUUUGGUAUUUUAGGCAAAGCAAAAAGAUCACUCGAGCGGAGGAUUACUCUUUGGAGGCUAUAUUUGAGUCAUUCUGCAACGGAGUUACCCUACACGGUCCCUUUUGGGACCAUGCACUGAGCUAUUGGCGAGGCAGCUUGGAAGAUCCCAAGCAUUUUCUUUUCAUGAGGUACGAGGAUUUGAAAGCGGAGCCUCGUACUCAGGUCAAGAGACUUGCAGAGUUCUUGGAUUGUCCAUUCACUAAGGAAGAGGAAGAUAGCGGAUCUGUAGACAAGAUCUUGGAACUUUGCUCUUUAAGUAAUCUAAGAAGUGUGGAGAUCAACAAAACCAGAACGUCGAGUAGAGUGGAUUUCAAGAGUUAUUUCCGUAAAGGACAAGUUGGUGACUGGAAGAGUUAUAUGACCCCUGAAAUGGUAGACAAAAUUGAUAUGAUUAUAGAGGAAAAACUCAAAGGUUCCGGUUUGAAAUUCUAA